AUGUUGGAGAUGAACACCAAGCUGAACCUCACCAUGAUGGCAGUUGGGAAUCAGCCUGCAACUGGACCCGUUGGCAUGGAAUAUGGGAGAGUAAAAGUCCCUGAGCUGAGGCCCUAUGGGGGGGCUAGAGAUGCGAAGGACUUAGAGAACUUCCUCUUUGAUAUGGAGCAUUACUUUAGAGUUGUGAGAGCUGAAUCAGAGGAUGGCAAGGUCGCCAUGGCAACGAUGUACUUGUCUGCAGAUGCCAAAGUGUGGUGGAGGACGAAGUACGACGAUAUUCAGAAUGGCAGAUGCACCAUAACAACGUGGGAUGAUCUAGAGAGAGAGUUGAAGACGCAGUUUCUCCCUGAGAAUGUUGCCUACAUAGCUCGACGCCAUUUGAGAGAGCUGAAGCACACCAGAACAAUCCGUGAAUACGUGAAGAAAUUCUCUGGGUUGAUGUCUACAAUCAUGAGUCGUGGCAUUACUCUACAUCCGGAAGAUGAUGUUGAAGCGGGCCUCGUAGUCCUGGAGGGGAAAAAGCUUCCCACUGGAAACAUUUGGGAAAUGGACGGGGAAAAGAACAAAUUUCAGAACUAUCAGAUGCUGAAUGAGUUGGAGAAGGCCCUCAGAGUAGAGUCGACUCCAGGGCUCUUUUAUAAUAGACUGGCCUGA